CAGGGCAGGGUUGCCGGUGACCGGUGGGCGAGGGCGUAGUAAAGCAAGGAGGGGAGCCCCAGCCCAGCAGGGGCAGGCAAGGUCUUAGUUCGUCCGUCCUCCCAGGUCUCCUUGUCUUGGACUCCAGCCUCCCUCCACCUUCGGCAAGGGGGAUCCCUCCCUCGGCCAUGCGGGUGCUCCCGGCGUCCUGGUCCAAGAAUCCGCCGCCGCCGCCGCCGCCGCCGCCGCCCCCUCCUCCCAAGACCACCACCGCCGACCUCUACCUCAACAUCUACGACAUCUCCCCAAUCAACCACUACCUCUACUGGUUUGGCCUCGGCAUCUUCCACUCCGGCAUCGAAGUGCAUGGCAUGGAGUAUGGGUUUGGAGCCCAUGAAUACCCAACCAGCGGAGUCUUCCAAGUGGAACCCAAAAGCUGUCCUGGCUUUAUCUUCAGACGUUCCGUGUGUGUGGGUUCCACUAAUAUGUCCCGUUCAGAAGUCCGCAGUUUCCUAGAGGACCUUGCAGAGGAUUAUCAUGGGGACACUUAUCAUUUGAUUGCAAAGAAUUGUAAUCAUUUUACAGCAGACAUCUGCAAGCGUUUGACCGGAAAGCCAAUUCCUGGAUGGGUCAAUCGACUUGCCAGAUUAGGUUCUUUAUGCAACUGUGUACUGCCUGAAAGCAUCAAGGUUUCUGCUGUCAGAGAUGUAAACGCUCUCCCUGAGUUUCCUGAUGAUGAUCUGGAGUCCAAUGCAUCCAUUGUUGACGGAAGUGAUGCGGAUGAUUUAGACCAUCUUAUAACGACCCCAAGUAGCGAUGUUGUAUCUUCAAAAGACAAGAUAUUAACUCCUGGCAGGGAUAGCUUGUAAUUUCUUGUAUUCUCCAUUGAUGUUGAUGAUAUAGUUAGUAUUACUUGUGGGGUUGUUUGCUGAGGAGCCAAGUGAUGAUCUCUUGUUGAGUGGCGAUGUGGCAGGACAGGAGGAGUAUGCUGUGGUAAGAAUCAGAUCAUCAUAUUUGCAGUCAACCUUUGAAUAGUUGAAUGUAUAAUCCAUGGAUGCGGAUGGUAAUGAUGUCUGUUGCACAAGAAGGUAGUGCGUGUGAUUGUCUAACUGUGGCGAAGGGCCAUGGUUCCGUUGCUAGAAGUAUACGCUGUUUUAUUUUGAGAGGGGGGAGGGGAGGGGAGUGCGUUGACAGAGAGAUAUUGAUAUUAUUAUGUAUAUGGUGUAACUAGAUGGAGAAGGAUUGACGUCAUUCGAGUUGUUACGUAGGAAGAAGGGUCAUGGUUCUUUAUUUUGUUUGUGUUGUGUGUAACUGAUUUGUUUGUACAAAUGAAUGAAUGAUUUGCAGUUGUGAAAGUUGAAUAGAUGGUCUCAUCGAUCUGUUGUUAAUCUAUCU